GUUGGUGCUACGGUUUUAGAUCCUUUCUCUUUUCUAUUUCUUGAUCGAUUCUGCUUCUUUUAGAUUCUCAGUUUUGAUUCUGGAUUCUGGUAGUUGAUUGUUUGUUUCAGUGUAAGUUUGUGUUAAUCUGAGGUAUUACGAGUUUAUUACAGCUUUGGAUUCUGUAUAAUUGGACGAUCAUUGAAAGCUCGAGGCAUCUGGUUUCCUUUCGAAAUUCUGUAAGGAUAUUUCACAAUGUCUAGCUCAGCCAAAACUCUGGAACCUGCUUUUCAGGGAGCCGGUCAGAGAGUAGGAACCGAAAUCUGGAGAAUCGAAAACUUCCUUCCCAUCCCUUUGCCAAAAUCCGACUAUGGCAAAUUCUACUCUGGAGAUUCUUACAUUGUUCUUCAGACGAGUCCUGGCAAGGGUGGCGCUUAUCUUUAUGACAUACAUUUCUGGCUCGGAAAGGAUACUAGCCCGGAUGAGGCUGGCACUGCAGCAAUCAAAACUGUUGAACUCGACGCCAUGCUCGGCGGUCGUGCUGUGCAGUACCGAGAAUUACAGGGGCAUGAAUCGGACAAAUUCUUGUCGUACUUUAAACCGUGCAUCAUUCCUCUGGAAGGCGGCGUUGCAUCGGGAUUUACGAAACCUGAAGAAGAAGAGUUUGAAACUCGGUUGUAUGUUUGUAGGGGAAAGCGUGCUGUUAGAUUGAAGCAGGUCCCGUUUUCGCGAUCCUCGCUGAAUCAUGAUGACGUUUUUAUUCUCGACACCAAGGAUAAGAUAUAUCAAUUCAACGGCGCAAACUCCAAUAUUCAGGAAAGGGCGAAAGCGUUGGAAGUAAUUCAGUUUUUGAAGGAGAAGUAUCACGACGGGACAUGCGACGUCGCCAUUGUUGACGACGGAAAGCUACAAGCCGAGACUGAUUCCGGUGAAUUUUGGGUCCUCUUUGGCGGGUUUGCCCCAAUUGGCAAGAAAGUUUCUACCGACGACGAUAUUGUCGCAGAGAAGACUUCUCCCCAACUUUAUUGUAUCGUUAAUGGCAAAGUCGAGAAAGUCGAGGGCGAAAUUUCAAAGUCGCUGCUCGAAAACAACAAAUGCUAUUUGUUGGAUUGCGGUGCUGACGUAUUCGUUUGGAUUGGACGGGUAACUCAAGUCGACGAGAGGAAGGCUGCUAUUCAAACUGCCGAGGAUUUUGUGGCCGGCCAAAACAGGCCGAAGUCGACGCGUAUCACUCGCCUUAUUCAAGGCUACGAGACCCAUUCAUUCAAAUCAAACUUCGGCUCCUGGCCGUCGGGUUCGGCUCCAGUUACUGAAGAGGGGCGCGGGAAAGUCGCAGCUCUUUUAAAGCAACAAGGCGGUGCCGUGAAAGGAGCAAGUAAAAGUGCCCCCGUGAACGAGGAAGUCCCUCCGUUGCUCGAAGGAGGUGGAAAGAUGGAGGUUUGGAGCAUUGAUCGUGGCGCGAAAACGGCGGUGCCUAGCGAAGACAUUGGUAAAUUUUACGGAGGAGAUUGCUACAUCGUUCUCUACACGUACCAUUCUCAUGAAAGGAAAGACGAUUACUAUUUGUGCUGUUGGAUUGGAAAAGACAGCGUUAAGGACGAUCAAGAGACAGCUAUGAAACUAGCGAUGAUGAUGUAUAACUCGCUGAAAGGGAAGCCGGUGUUGGGUCGGAUAUAUCAAGGGAAAGAGCCACCGCAGUUUGUCGCGAUCUUUGAGCCGAUGGUGAUUCUUAAGGGCGGAAAAAGCUCUAGUUACAAGAACUAUAUUGCCGACAAGGGAUUAAACGACGAGACAUACACCUUGGAUGGUGUUGCGCUCAUUCGUAUAUCGGGCACUUCUCCUCACAACAAUCAAGUUGUUCAAGUUGAUGCAGUGGGAACGUCGUUGAAUUCAUUCGAAUGUUUUCUGCUUCAAUCCGGGAAUUCGCUUUUCAGUUGGCAUGGUAAUCAAGCCACUUUCGAGCAGCAACAAUUGGCGGCGAAAGUCGCUGAGUUUCUGAAGCCGGGGUCACCUGUCAAGCACACUAAAGAAGGAACUGAGAUCUCGUCGUUUUGGUUUGCUCUCGGAGGAAAACAAAGCUACACGAGCAAGAAGACGUCCAACGAGGUUGUUAGAGAUCCCCACUUGUUUGCAUACUCGUUCAAUAAAGGAAAAUUCGAGGUGGAAGAAAUAUAUAACUUUGCUCAAGAUGACCUUCUAACCGAAGACGUAUUGAUACUCGACACACACGCUGAAGUUUUUGUUUGGGUCGGCCAAUCUGUAGAUCCUAAAGAGAAGCAAACUUCUUUCGAAAUCGGGCAGAAAUACAUUGAGUUAGCUUCUGCAUUGGAGGGAUUAUCGCUAAAAGUUCCACUCUACAAAGUGACCGAAGGAAAUGAGCCGAGCUUCUUCACAGCGUAUUUUUCGUGGGAUCAAGCUAAAUCGAACGCGCACGGGAAUUCAUUUCAAAAGAAAGUUAUGCUACUCUUCGGUGCCGGUCAUGGUUCCGAGGAGAAGUCGAAUAAUAGUUCGAACAACAACGGCGGCCCAACUCAACGAGCUUCAGCUUUAGCUGCUUUAAACUCUGCCUUCAGUUCGACUCCGUCGCCGAAAACUGGGUCUGGAUCAAAAUCGGGAGGAAGAAGUCAGGGCUCCUCUCAGAGAGCUGCUGCUGUCGCGGCAUUGUCGUCUGUUCUUACGGCCGAAAAGAAACAAUCUCCAGAAGCUUCAUCCGCACGGCCAAGUCGAAUUUCGCAAGAAGCCAGCCCUCCCGCUUCCGUUAAAAGCGAAGAUGCGGUCGGGAGCGAAAACUCCACAGAAGCUUCAAAAAUCGAUGAAACCGACAUCGAACCUGCUUCUGAAACCGACGGUGAUGAUUCGAUAUCGAAACCCGAACUCGGCCAGUACGAGGAAGGCUCUGGAGGUUCUCAGGUUACAUUCAGUUACGAGCAGUUGAAGGCGAAAUCCGAGAACCCUGUUACGGGGAUCGAUUUCAAGCGCCGAGAGGCUUACCUAUCGGACGAAGAGUUCAGCUCGGUAUUCGGUAUCACGAAGGAUGCGUUCUAUAAGCUUCCGAAAUGGAAGCAGGACAUGCAGAAGAAGAAAUUCGAUCUCUUCUAGGAACCCAGCUGGGUCGCUCCAUUUGUUCGGUACGUCGACUCUUACGGCUGGUUUCUUCGGUGUCGAUUUUUUUGUCGCUGUCUGCAUCGUCAAGUCGGUAAUGGUUUUCGAUUAUGAUGAAUGGUUUUUAUUUCUCAUCGUUUGCUCGCGUCGACGACGGCGCGGCUGCUGCUGCUGUAGUUGGCAGGUUUGAUUCUUUGAUUUGGUCUGUAUGUACGAUGUGUGUUUGUUUGUUGUGUUGGUUGUGAUCGAACGUUUUGAGUUAUUGGUUGUGUAUAUUUAAUUUAUUGCAUUUUCUGUAUACGAGAAGGGAAGAGAUGUGUGGUGUAGAUAAUAUGCGUGCUAUCGAACUUUAGGGAUUAUAUGUUUGUUGUGCUUGUAAUCAAUUCAAAGAUGAAUGCUUUUGAGUGAAGAUUAUUAUUAUUAUUUUAUGUAAAA